AUGGAGGUGAUCCGGGCAGUCAUGAAGGACGACAUGGUCCAGAUUGAUGCCCUGGCGGCGGCGGGCGUUGAUGUCCUGAGGGCCAGGAACAAGUCCGGGCAAUCAGCUUUGGACCUGGCAAGAGAACGCGGCCGGCUCUCGGUGCUGAAAGGCCUUGAGGAGCUAGCAGCUCGAGAUUUGCUUUGCAAAGAAAUCACGGCCACAUCGGCUCCACACGAGCCACACCCUGAUGACCCAGCUACGCAGCUCAGCGCUGGUGACUUCCGCACCUUGCCAGCCAGCGCCUGGCAACGGCUGCACCAGAGCUUCCCGGCCAACCUGAUCCCAUCCGUGCCUGCUGCAAAGCCAAGCUGGCCCAGCCACAACUUCGGGAGUGGUGACUUCCGCACCUUGCCAGCCAGCGCCUGGCAACGGCUGCACCAGAGCUUCCCGGCCAACCUGAUCCCAUCCGUGCCUGCUGCAAAGCCAAGCUGGCCCAGCCACAACUUCGGGAGUGGUGACUUCCGCACCUUGCCAGCCAGCGCCUGGCAACGGCUGCACCAGAGCUUCCCGGCCAACCUGAUCCCAUCCGUGCCUGCUGCAAAGCCAAGCUGGCCCAGCCACAACUUCGGGAGUGGUGACUUCCGCACCUUGCCAGCCAGCGCCUGGCAACGGCUGCACCAGAGCUUCCCGGCCAACCUGAUCCCAUCCGUGCCUGCUGCAAAGCCAAGCUGGCCCAGCCACAACUUCGGGAGUGGUGACUUCCGCACCUUGCCAGCCAGCGCCUGGCAACGGCUGCACCAGAGCUUCCCGGCCAACCUGAUCCCAUCCGUGCCUGCUGCAAAGCCAAGCUGGCCCAGCCACAACUUCGGGAGUGGUGACUUCCGCACCUUGCCAGCCAGCGCCUGGCAACGGCUGCACCAGAGCUUCCCGGCCAACCUGAUCCCAUCCGUGCCUGCUGCAAAGCCAAGCUGGCCCAGCCACAACUUCGGGAGUGGUGACUUCCGCACCUUGCCAGCCAGCGCCUGGCAACGGCUGCACCAGAGCUUCCCGGCCAACCUGAUUCCAGCCAGACUGCCUGAGUCCGAUGUGCGGCAACAAACUAAACCUGACGUGCCUCUGUCACCUCAAAAUGUGGCAUGCGCACAGGGGUGGAAGAGUCAGAAGAAGAGUCUGAGGAUAGUCAUGCCGCGCUGA